AUGUUAGGCGAUUUUCAUAAGGCUAUCAGUUACCACGAGCGUCAUCUACAAAUUGCAAAAGAAGUGGGAGACAAAGCUGGAGAAGGAGGGGCUUAUGGAAAUCUUGGCAAUGCCUAUCAGAUGUUAGGCGAUUUUCAUAAGGCUAUCAGUUACCACGAGCGUCAUCUACAAAUUGCAAAAGAAGUGGGAGACAAAGCUGGAGAAGGACGGGCUUAUGGAAAUCUUGGCAAUGCCUAUCAGAUGUUAGGCGAUUUUCAUAAGGCUAUCAGUUACCACGAGCGUCAUCUACAAAUUGCAAAAGAAGUGGGAGACAAAGCUGGAGAAGGACGGGCUUAUGGAAAUCUUGGCAAUGCCUAUCGUGGCUUACGCGAUUUUCAUAAGGCUAUCAGUUACCACGAGCGUUGUCUACAAAUUGCAAAAGAAGUGGGAGAUAAAGCUGGAGAAGGAGGGGCUUAUGGAAAUCUUGGCAUUGCCUAUAAAAUGUUAAGCGAUUUUCAUAAGUCUAUCAGUUACCACGAGCGUCAUCUACAAAUUGCAAAAGAAGUGGGAGACAAAGCUGGAGAAGGACGGGCUUAUGGAAAUCUUGGCAAUGCCUAUAAGAUGUUAGGCUAUUUUCAUAAGGCUAUCAGUUACCACGAGCGUCAUCUACAAAUUGCAAAAGAAGUGGGAGACAAAGCUGGAGAAGGACGGGCUUAUGGAAAUCUUGGCAAUGCCUAUCGUGGCUUAGGCAAUUUUCAUAAGGCUAUCAGUUACCACGAGCGUUGUCUACAAAUUGCAAAAGAGGUGGGAGACAAAGCUGGAGAAGGAAGGGCUUAUGGAAAUCUUGGCAAUGCCUAUAAGAUGUUAGGCGAUUUUCAUAAGGCUAUCAGUUACCACGAGCGUCAUCUACAAAUUUCAAAAGAAGUGGGAGACAAAGCUGGUGAAGGUGGGGCUUAUGGAAAUCUUGGCAACGCUUAUCAUGGCUUAGGCGAUUUUCAUAAGGCUAUAAGUUACCACGAGCGUCGUCUACAAAUUGCAAAAGAAGUGGGAGACAAAGCUGGAGAAGGAGGGGCUUAUGGAAAUCUUGGCAUUGCCUAUGAUAGCUUAGGCGAUUUUCAUAAGGCUAUCAGUUACCACAAGCGUCAUCUACAAAUUGCAAAAGAAGUGGGAGACAAAGCUGGAGAAGGACGGGCUUAUGGAAAUCUUGGCAAUGCCUAUCAUGGCUUAGGCGAUUUUCAUAAGGCUAUCAGUUACCACGAGCGUCGUCUACAAAUUGCAAAAGAAGUGGGAGACAAAGCUGGAGAAGGAGGGGCUUAUGGAAAUCUUGGCAUUGCCUAUGAUAGCUUAGGCGAUUUUCAUAAGGCUAUCAGUUACCACGAGCGUGAUCUACAAAUUGCAAAAGAAGUGGGAGACAAAGCUGGAAAAGGACGGGCUUACGGAAAUCUUGGCAAUGCCUAUCAGAUGUUAGGCGAUUUUCAUAAGGCUAUCAGUUACCACGAGCGUCAUCUACAAAUUGCAAACGAAGUGGGAGACAAAGCUGGAGAAGGACGGGCUUAUGGAAAUCUUGGCAAUGCCUAUCAGAUGUUAGGCGAUUUUCAUAAGGCUAUCAGUUACCACGAGCGUGAUAUACAAAUUGCAAAAGAAGUGGGAGACAAAGCUGGAGAAGGACAGGCUUAUGGAAAUCUUGGCAAUGCCUAUGAUAGCUUAGGCUAUUUUCAUAAGGCUUUCAGUUACCACGAGCGUCAUCUACAAAUUGCAAAAGAAGUGGGAGACAAAGCUGGAGAAGGACAGGUUUAUGGAAAUCUUGGCAAUGCCUAUGAUAGCUUCGGCGAUUUUCAUAAGGCUAUCAGUUACCACGAGCGUGAUCUACAAAUUGCAAAAGAAGUGGGAGACAAAGCUGGAAAAGGACGGGCUUAUGGAAAUCUUGGCAAUGCCUAUCAGAUGUUAGGCGAUUUUCAUAAGGCUAUCAGUUACCACGAGCAUCAUCUACAAAUUGCAAAAGAAGUGGGAGACAAAGCUGGAGAAGGACGGGCUUAUGGAAAUCUUGGCAAUGCCUAUCAGAUGUUAGGCGAUUUUCAUAAGGCUAUCAGUUACCACGAGCGUCAUCUACAAAUUGCAAAAGAAGUGGGAGACAAAGCUGGAGAAGGACGGGCUUAUGGAAAUCUUGGCAAUGCCUAUCAUGGCUUAGGCGAUUUUCAUGAGGCUAUCAGUUACCAUGAGCGUCAUCUACAAAUUGCAAAGGAAGUGGGAGACAAAGCUGGAGAA